CUGCUGCUGCUGCUCCAGCUGUGCGCCCACGGCCGCGCCCCCCGCGCCUCCCCACCGUCCCACCCCCACCGCUGCCCCAGAGCCUGCAUCUGCACCUCCGACCUGCUGAGCUGCAGCCGGCAGACGCUGCAGCGUGUGCCCUUGCCACUGCCACCCACUGCCACCACGCUGGACCUCAGCCACAACGCUCUCACCCAGCUCCACGACCACUGGCUGGCUGCCCUCCCGCACCUCGAGGCCCUCCACAUCAGCCACAACCAGAUUAAGGACCUUUCUCCACAGGCUUUUCACAACGCCUCCUAUCUGCGGCACCUUGACAUGUCCUCCAACCACCUGCACGCUGUCGAGACACACUACUUCAAUGAGCUGGUGAGCUUGGAGGAGCUUCUGCUCUACAACAACCGCAUUGCACGAGUGGAUGAAAACGCCUUCGCCAAGCUGAGCGGCCUGCAGAAAGUCUACCUGAGCUGGAACAACCUGACCACCUUCCCCUUCCGCUUGGUGCAAAGGCUGAGCAUCUGCAGCCUCCGCACGCUGGACCUCUCCUCCAACAGCCUGAGAAGCGUCCCAGUGGAAGAGCUGGCAGCUCUGCCUGAAACCAUCAGGAAUGGCUUGUACCUGCACAACAACCCCAUCAGGUGCAGCUGCCCACUCUACCUGAUGCUCCAGCGCUGGAAGCAGCGAGGUUACAGCUCUGUGAAGGAUUUCUUUGAGGAACACAUCUGCAAGGUGUCUGACAACGUGCCUGGGUCCCUGAUCAAGUUCCUCAAAUACAGCCACAUGUUUGAGAACUGCUUGGCGGGUCCUGAAGAUAUGCACCCCGUGCCCUUCCCUGUGAUGGUGGGCCAGACCCUCCUGCUCACCUGCAACACCAGCCUGCCAGCCGCAGCCACCACCUACAUGUGGAUCUCCCCUCACCAUGAGCCCAUCAAAUACCCAGGGAACAGCAACCGCUCCUUGGAGCUGUACCGCAAUGGCAGCCUGAAGAUCAAGGUGACCAAGCCCUGGCACUCGGGGGUCUACGUGGGCUUGGCCAUCAACAGCCCCCACAAUUUCAGCAGGCUGUGUGAAGUCAAUGUGACAGUCAACUACCCCAAGCCAGAUGAGGAGACCUUCAGCACAGGCCUCACCACCCUGCUGGGGUGCAUUGUGAGCCUGGUGCUCGUGCUCAUCUACUUGUACCUCACACCCUGCCGCUGCCUGAGCUGCUGCAAGAAGCCAGCUCCCCUCAGCCCAUGCAGUGCCCAGUUCUCCAGCCUCAGCACCACCCCCCCUGCCACCGACGGGCCAAACCGCAAAGUCAGUGCCAGCAAGCAUGUGGCUUUCCUUGAGCCCAUCGGGGAGACGCAGAACGGCAAGAUCCGCCUGGCCCUCGGCGAGGACUUCCCUGAUGCCAAGCACCUCAAGGUCCUGCAGCUCAAGUCAGACUCGGAGUCCAUCAGCUCUGUCUUUUCGGACACCCCCAUUGUGUCGUAG